AUGCUUUUUUGGCAUAGUCAACCUGAUCAUUACUGGCCAGAUCAUACUCAACAUCCAGCAGGAGGCUAUUGUAGAGAGCCACUGUCACUGCCAUUCCUAAAGCAGGAGGAACCAAACAUCUCAACAUCAGCUGAGCAGCAUUGCCCAUCUUUCCAGUAUAUUCUGUGUGCUGUUACCUCUCCAGCUGUCAAACAGCAUGAGGAAACUCUCACUUAUCUCAACCAAGGGCAAUCAUAUGAAAUCCGGAUGCUGUGUAAUCCCAAAAUAGGUGAAUUUGCUGAGGGGCGGAAGCUGCUGAAGAGUGUAAUCAGAGUGGUCUUCCAUGACCGAAGACUGCAAUACACAGAACACCAGCAAUUAGAGGGAUGGAGAUGGAACAGGCCAGGUGACCGCAUCCUGGAUAUUGAUAUCCCAAUGUCUGUGGGCAUUCUGGAGCCCCACAUGCCCUCCACUUUGCUCAAUACUGUGGAAUUCCUGUGGGACCCAACUAAGCGCACUUCAGUCUUUCUGCAGGUCCACUGCAUUAGUACCGAGUUCACACUUCGUAAAAAUGGUGGGGAAAAAGGGGUCCCCUUUCGCAUCCAAGCUGACACCUUCAAGCCGAAUGAGAAGGGUGAGCACAUGGAACACUUGCACUCUGCCAGCUGUCUCAUCAAAGUCUUCAAGCCCAAAGGAGCAGACCGGAAACAGAAAACAGAUAGGGAGAAGAUUGAAAAACAGUCCCUCCAGGAGCGGGAGAAGUACCAGCCUUCAUAUGACAGCACAGUUUUGACAGAGUGUUCCCCUUGGCCUGAAGUUUCCAGCAAUCUCAACAGUCCUCCAUCAACUCCUGGCCUUGUCUCUCCACAUCCUUUCAAGCUUCAAACCCCUGAAAGAGUCUGCUCCUCACCCAGUUAUGCCUUGGACAGUUCAUCAGAGGGCAUGGCAGAGACCCUGAAUCCAAGUGCCUCCAUUCUGGAAACUCAACAGUGGUUACUUAAAAACAGGUUCUCCAAUUAUUCCAGGGCUUUUGCCAGCUACACAGGAACGGAUUUGCUCAAACUGUCCCGCAAUGAUCUUGUACAGAUCUGUGGAAUGGCAGAUGGGAUUAGACUUUCAAAUGCUCUAAAAGCAAGGACUGUGCGCCCUCGUCUCAUUCUUUAUGUGUCCAAGGAACUGGAAGCAAGUGGGAACAAUGCUCCUCCAAACCCAGCAUCUGUUAUAUACCAAGAGUUAUAUCUGGAGGAACUGACUGCCACGGAGCUGACUAAUAAAUUGGCAGAACUGCUUAGCGUCCCAGCCAAUCAGGUCCAGCAAGUUUCCAAACAGGGGCCUACAGGAAUUCACAUCCUUGUCAAUGAUCAGAUGGUCAGAAAUCUUCCAGAUGAAUCCUGCUUCAUAGCAGCUGUAACAAAAGUACAGAAUGCAGAAGGCUACCAUUUAGUUCUAAAAUAGACUAGGACCUUCUUGAUGGUGUGCUGCUGGCCUGCAAGAAGAUGGGGAGCGGAAAAGUGAGAAAACAGGCACAAUAAGAACAUUAAUAGUAAUACCCCACAAGUUGACUCUGCACCAAAGAACUCAAGGCUGACAUCAUCUGAUAUGGAUUUUAGCAACAGGAAUCUGUAGUGCAAUAAACCACUGGGAUUUUUUCUGUAUUUUUUGCAAAAAGAAAGUGGCAACCAUGUCACCUCACUUACAUAGACUACAAAGAAUCAUGUAUAUUAUCAACUGAUUAUCUAAUAUGUUGCAAACAAAAUAACUACUGGCAUAAUUAUCAGUUUCUAAUGAUAUUAUUUGCGCAAGUCCACAUUUUCUGUUAGGAGGAAGAUGUUCUCAGACUUACAUUUAUUUGUUGUAGUGAUGAAAUCUGAUAAAGUGUUUUUAAGCGAGUGGACAUAUGGGUAACUUGAUCCUUUACAAAGGCAAUAAUUCUCCCUUGCAAGAGGGAUGGGGCAAUCACAGACUGAUUUCGCUGCAAGGGAAAACAAGCUUCAGUCAAGAAUAUUUCUGUGUGGGAAAUGCUCAUCCUCUAGUCAAAUUAUUUGCAAAGCCAACAGAAAAAAAACACCAUGGUUUUUGGUUGGGUCCUUUCCACAACUAAUGGUUGCAGCAUCUGUGAUGAAGGUGAACAGCCAUGCUCACUGAACAGAUGGUGUAUCAGUCAAUUACCUGGAAUUGUGGACAAUGCUGCAGGGCCAUCUACUUUUGCCAAUUUCUUUCUCUAUAAGAAUGCCCAAGCAGCACAGAGCUUUCCUUUUCAAGUGCUCAUUAAUGGUUAACUCAGUGUGACAAUGUCAGAAAGUGUUAGGUUGUAAAGGAAAUCUCUUUAGUUUUUGCUCUUCAUCCGUCCCUCAACCAAAAGACAGAUUUGUCUGUGCACUCCUUUGUGUUGCAAUGUUAUCAGUGCAGCUUUUUUUGAUUUUUGACAUUGGAUAGUUUCAGUGGGAGAAGUGCCAACUGUUUUGCUCUGCUUUUAUUGGAAAAUGAAAUUAUUGAUGAUUCUUGAUAGAGAAAUCCAAAGAGUUAAGCUAAGGUCAUACAAGAGACUAUGUAACAAAUCUUCCAUAAAUAUCAAAUUAUUAUAUAUUCUAACCACCAGGACAGGCACUUCUUCAAAUAUUUGAUGAGUUGUUUUUACAUUUAUAAAAUACAGAUUAUGGGACAUUGGUUGCCAGCUUUUGUUAGCAUUUUAAUUUAAAAAGCCAAAUAUUGAAAUGGAUGAUUGAAUGAUCCUCAAAUAGUUUAGAUUGCACUCCAUUCAUUUGCUUAUCUACAAAUAAUCACUAGUGAUCUAAACAGUCCUGACUUUUGAGUAAAUAUGCACAGAAUCUUGCUAUUAAAUAAUCUACCAAAAAAGAAGUGCCUGUAAACCAUUAGCUUUUAAGUCUUUUCAUAAGAAACAUUUUUGGAUUCAUAUGGCUUAAACCAUGACUUCAAUUAGUAUUAACUGCAAUCUUUUUUUAAAAAAAUCUAUUUUUAUUUGGAUAUUGCUGUUAUUUGUCUAAGCCUUUUUAAACAUGACUGUAUCUUACUGCCAUCUGUUACCAGCUGGGUGGUGGUGGGGUUGUAAUGAUUUCUAAAUCCUGCACAGUAGGAAAGCAGCAGCAUAAUUAUAAAGUAAUCAAGAGUGUCUAUUUUUAUACCAGAUAAACAUAAUGUAUUAAUGCAAACACAUAUGAAGUGCUAAAUCAAUAGCACAAAGCACGCCUAUCCCUUUGAACAGUGAUCCAGUUUGUGAUGUACAACUUCUGUAAUGUUUAAACUCUUGCCUUUCCUAUGCAAAGGAAAUUCCAUUAUAACUUGAACAUUCAGAAACUCGACAGCCUUAAUAUUUUAAACAAUUCCCAGAUAUUGAUGAAAGCUUUAACCUACAUUACAAUUUACCAACUCAAAGCUUUCUUCAUAUACUAUACUCCUAAAGUCUCUGUUUUGUUGUACAGGAUAUGAAGAAAACACACUUGUUUCAGGUAGGUACUGAUUAGUAAAUUUAUUGUUGCUGACAAAUCUUGCUAGCAAUUGUACAAUACAGUAAAUCAAGGUCUGUGCUUUGUAGCACAGGGUGGGGGGGGGGAAAUCUAAAAUUACUCCAGGGCUAUUAUUUGGAACAUGUAAAGUUAUUACCUUUUAAUUAAGGUGUGUUGAUUUUCCAUCUUCAUUCACUGACUAUUUUUAAAUCCGUUCCUUUUAUGCUGUAGUAAGAUGGAUUUGUUAUGGAAACCAUUUGAUGUGCCACAGAUCUAGUAUUAAUUUCCAUAAAGAGUUAAUAUGUAUAAUACAGUAUACCAUUGAUUUUAGAACUCCAAUUCGGAGCACAGGAAUUCCUUGUCCAUUAACUGUGCACCCAAAUCUAAAUUAAUUCUGGAAGACAAAUUGAAGAACAAAUUACUCAAUCUGUUCCUCCAAAUCUCUUCUUCGAAAGCGUUUUUUUCUCAUGGUGGAACUAGAUUUUUUUUUGCAACAAAAAAACCUUGAUCCCACACUAUGAACUUGAUCAAGGUUAUAAUAUUAUAAAAUAAAAAGAAACUAAUUGAUCCAUGUGCAUAUUUUGGUUGUAGUAAAUUAGCAUUAAAUCUGCAAGUUUUGUGCAGCAGCGAAUACACAGAUUUCAUAUUUUUUUAAAUAUACAGAUUUCUCUAUAGCCUAUAGUUAGGGGACUAAAUGACAAAAUUUCAACGUGUAUGUCUAAUAUAUUUGUUAAAGAGGAGAAUUAUGCUCCAUAUAUUCAAAGUAGCAUUUUCACGCUAAGCAAAAUAUCAAUAGUUGUAUAAAUGCAAUCUUAAAAUUUAAAAACAGAUACUCUAUAGUUCUAGAGUGAAAUGUUCAAUAAAACUUUUAUUUAAUUAAAAAUUGCUUAUGUGAGUGCUUUGACACUGGUUUCCUAAAGGAAUUCACUGAAUUGCAUUAUAUUAUGUUAGGAUUCUAAAUAUAUUUUGUAUAUAAACUUCAAGUACCCAAUCCUUGGACAAUCUCCAGGGACUUAUGCAUGGAUUUUUUUUGCAGAUUUCAAUCCCAUUAUUCCAGUAAUUCUUCAUUCCAAACUGAUUCAGCUAAUUGUGCCUGUCCAUACUUGUAGGUAGAUUAUAAGCUUUUUGACAGAUAAAAAGCAAUAGGUGAAGGUUGGGGAAAUCACAUCAAAUACCCAAACUAUUAGCAUACCACCCCCAGCCCAGGGCUAUAUGAUCUCUUCAUUUAUUAUUUUUUUCUUUAUGUACCAACAACUGCACUUCUAAAUAGCCUUCUGUUAAAAUAUGUUUGAAGAUGAUACAAGAGUCAUUAGUCUUAUUUGACAUGAAGAGUCUAUUUAAUGGGAGGUUGAACAAAUGACUAUGUUGCAGCUACAAUAAUCUGGAGCUUAAAAUGCUUAAAACUAGAGACGAGUGGAUUUUAGGAGGGGCACUCCUAUAUCACCUCUUAAUAUAUCAGACAACACAGAAUCAACAGUAAAGUCCUUCACGUUUUUGGGUUCUAUAAUUUCCCAGGAUUUGAAAUAGACAUUAACAUUAAAACCUUCAUUAAAAAUGCAAAAGAAAGAAUGUUCUUCUUGUGUCAACUCAGAAAGUUCAGACCAUCCAAGGAGUUGGUGAUACAGUUCUACAGAGGAAUUACUGAAUGUGCCAUUUGUACCUCUAUAACUGUCUGGUUUAGCAUAGCAACCAAGCCUGCCUCCUUUUGAGGACCUGUAUAUUGCUUUCCACAGUUCUGUCUUACGUCUAUUACCCAUGUAGUAUGACACAAUAUUACAUUUAUCCUUCUGAUAUGUUGCAUUACCUUCUCUAUUGGUAUCAUGAUUAUCCUUUGUUAUUAUCAUUAUUACUUUCUUCUUUUGCAUGUACACUGGAAGCUUGUAUACUGGAGACAAAUUCCUUGUAUUUCUAAUCACACUUGGUCAAUAUUCUAUUCCGUUCUGUUCUAUUCUAUUAGUAGUCACCACCACUACCUGACAAAUAGAGAAGUCAUGAGUUGCAGUUCACCAAAUGUGCUCCAAUUGGAAAAAAAAAUCAUUUGUCUUCUAAUUUGGUACUAGUAGGUUAAAUCCAAAAAAUUAAAUUCUCUCUUCCAAAUCUAUGGUUUUCUAUUUCUGCCUUCCAGGAACAAAUAUAAGCCAAGUGAACAGAUCAUACUUAAAAGUAGUAAAACUUUGUCUAUGGAUUGUUCUCUUGAAAAUACACCAUUUUUAGAUGCUACUUUCAAAUAAAACUAAAUAAAGUAACUUUUUUAAAAAGCAUUUUUUCUAUCUUCAGGAAUAAAUGCUUUAUAAUUGUGAAAUAUCAUUGUUAGUAUACCUUGAGCAUUAAACUUAUUGACUCAGUAGAUCUGGAGGUUCUUCAGAUCAUUCAUUGAAGAUAUAUUGUCAUUCCCAGCACAUUUACUCUGUUUAUAAGGCAAAUGGAUUGUGUGUAAUUCAGCUGAUAUGUAGUUAUUUUCCACAAUACGCAACACAGCAUGUCUCAAGUUGUAUGCAAUUUUUGCUGAGGCAUUAGUUAUUACUGUUUAGGUACAGGCAUAUCCAAUGGCAAUAAUAUUUUGACAUCUUAGGUUAUUGUGGUUUCUAAUUAAAUAAAGAUUAAUGAAUGAUGAUGAUGAUAAUAAUAAUAAUAGCCUUCUAACUAGAGUUUUCAAUAUAGCAUUCUAGAGUGGGAAAUCUCCCUCACCAUUGCUCAUGUCUGAGGCAGGACAAAAGAUUCAGAUGGUAUUUCUUCCGUGUGUGUGUGUGUGUGUGUGUGUGUGUGUGUGUGUGUGUAGAUACCAUCCCCCUUUCAGAAUUUAUUAUGGGAGAGCUCAGUUGAUAUGUACAAUUGGCUAAACCUGAUUGGAAACUCUUGCGAUUUUGGUUUUUGGUUAGUAAAUGGGUGGGCUUAACACUAAUGUAAGUGUGAUAUAUUGUAUAUAAUGUUUUUCUAUUACAGAGCAGGAUGACUUGGUGGAUGGGAUCUUAUAGAUGAAUGCGCUAGACCCAUAUGCUAAGAGACUUUGAGGCAUGUAAACUAAGCUUAUUUUACAAAAUAGGACACCAUAAAAGUAUGUAUCACAUACAGUAUAUCUUUGGAGGCAUGAUAUACUGUAUGUGAGUAUAUCAUGUAACCUCACAGAAAGAUAGCAGCAAACAAAUUUAAUAAAUAAAAUAUAGGUAAGGUAGCGAUGCUUCUAACGGAGUGUGCAUACUUGGGGUUUUCUAAGCUAUUUUGGUAUAGGAAACAACCAAUGAAGCUCUGCAACCCAAAUGGGUUGAAGGAGAUUAGAAGGUUAAAAUUCUGAAUUCCUCUGUUCUGGUCAAAUACAACUUAACAGACCUCUGACAUCUAAGUUUUUGCCAAAUACCCUCUAAUUACACAUUCGGGUUGAGAUAGGAAGGGAGAAUAAAUUCUUGAAUCUGGGGGAAGGCUGAAUUCAUCUUGGUUACAAAAGUUGGAUACCAGUAAAGGGGUAAAGCUGCAUUAUAUAGAAUGCAUUAAGAGAUUAGUGGGAAUGUAAAGGCAUAAACAACAAUUUUUGUUCUAAUUAAUACAUUUGCUGUCUUUACUCCUUGGCUUGGGAUGUCUGAGAUUAAUUUCUCAAUUUUGUAGAUCAUACAUGUUCUUACAUCAGUUGUCAACCUCCUUAAGAUUAAGAAUUAGGCUAUAUUUUCAGAAUAUGUCUUUCAAUUGAGCUAAUCUACCAUUGUGAUAUAGUUGGACAUGUUCACUUAUGGCAGUCGUCUGUUUGUGGGUAGGGACUGGUUCAUUCCAGGAAGAUCAACCCUCUUUGGUGUUGAGAAUGGCACUGAAGUGCUAUGCACCUGAUGCUAGUGGGUUCUUUUUAAAUUAUAUUUUUCUAAAACCAGAUCUUUCAGAGUCUACAAACAUUUUCCUGUUCAAUCUAGGGUGACAACCAGUAUACUAUAGGCAGGAGCACUUGGGGAUAUGAGAUUGGCUAUACUGAUUACCAUCAAUACCUCAAAAGCUGUUGAAUGGAAGACAAUGGGUGCCUGGGGAAUGUCUAAAUAAAAGUCUUGUCUUUCUUGAGAAAUUCUGUAUUCAAUGUUUCCAACCCAAAUCCUCAAUAUUUGAUUUUGGCAAUUUAUGCAUUACACACUCAAGAUUAAUGUAUCAUUCUUUUUUUCAAGAAUAAAGAAUGUGAAAUACAGUAUCUUCAAUGAUUUUGAUUGUCUGUAUUGAGACAAGAACCUGAAUGAGAUGUUUGACAUUUUGUCUUAUGACACUUGUGGGAUAUCAUAUAGUAACUUAGUGUAUAUGCACUGAUGAAGUCUACCAUGACAUUUGUGAAAUUGUUUUUAAAUUAUAUGUGGGUUCAUUAUGUGGGUUCAUUAUGUGGGUAAAUUCCAUUAGCCUUCCACCUACACCAGGGGUGUCAAACUCAGGGCCCAGAUCUGGUCCGACACAACAGACGUCAAGAUGGCCACACCCACCCUGGUCAUGCCCACCCUGCCUCCCGAGGUCAAAGACAACCCUAAUGCAGUCCACAAUGAAAUAGAGUUUGACACCCCUGACCUACACGGUUUUUGCCACUCCUCAUGAUCCUGAUGGUUUCCCCAAUGAGUUUGUUACCAGUUUCAGGCAAGGGCACAAAGCAAGCAUGUGAGCUGCGAAGAAAAUAUCCACUAUUUGUACUUACAUAGGAAUUUUUAAAUUGGAAGAUCCUGAUUCCUUGUGUUGGGGUUUUACAUAAUUUAUUAAUCUGGGAUAAAUUUGCAUGUGUAAAUUCUGAGACUGGCUGUUUGUGGCCCAUAGACUGUUUCCCUCCUUCCUCUCUGUUCUUUAAUGGAAUUAUCUAAAUCGCUUCCAUUCCGUUCUUUCCCAUCUGAUGGCAGCCUGGACAUUAGCAUCUGCAGUAAGUAAACACCCAUGAGGAAUAGAAUAUGGGGAUUGCUGCAGAAUCUCUCCUCGCACCUUGAGUUGAUUCAGUUGGGAAGACUCUAGGACAUUUCCUAUCCUUUUCCCCUCUUAUAAUACAGACCAUAUUUCGAGAUCAUCUCGAUUUACCUUCACUGGUGAACUCCGGAAAUAAAUGCUGAGAGAUUGGAAGCAAUGGUUCCUCUAAAACGGAUACCUAGCUUUCCCCCCCCCCUCCACUGCCCAGGCUGACUACCCAGAGAUGGUAACAGGUUAUGUAUCAGCUAUGCUAUUCACAUAGCUUGUGGCUAGUAAUUCAACACUUAUGGUGUUGACUAAUGUCUCUUGAAGAAACUGUGGAAAUGAAGUGAAGUGAGUGAAUUAGCAUGCAAACACAGACUGGUUUAAUGGCCCAUACCCAACUUUGGAGGAAUUCUGACAUACCUUCAAACAUUAAGAGUUCCUGCUAUAUGCUUUGUGGACAUAUUGGUGUAGAAGAGGAUAAAAAUUAGGGGAAAGAGCUGUCUUGGGAAGAAACUGUCUGAAAACCAAGGUUGUCCUAGACAGAGCUGAUGGGCAUAAAUGCUCUUUGGAAAAUAGAGCCGGAACUAGGGAUGUGCUUUUAGAAACAUUAUUACUAUUUUCUCACCCUGUCUUGAGAAAGGGAGAUAUUGUACUAUAGAAUUCCUUGACUCCACUUCAUAAAAAAAUAUUUUAACACAUCAAUUUAGAAUCAUGAAACUGUUAAAGUCUCUAUCUUCACUCUUAUCUUUUUUUUGUGCAGCAAUUUAGUCAUGUAUCUUCAUCUAACCCAGCUCCUACAUAACCUACAUUGUCAUAGCUAGCAAACACAAACUGAAUUUGGACAACCCAUAGAGUUUUAAAAAAUGGGAAAUUUUCAUCACAUAAUACACUCGGAUAAAACCUGACAUUUGUCAAAGGCAAGUUUUUUUCUAACAUUAAUAAUCAGUACUAAGAUUCAUUUGCUCUUUGAACCCACAUCCAGGUAUAUAAUAUCCUUAUCUUCUGGGUUUUAACUCCAGAAAAUGCAGUCCAUUAUUGGCAAUCACGGCAAAUCUUUAUUGUCAUGAAUGCAAGUAAAUGCAUGUUAUAAUGCUGGAUCUUAAAAAUCCACAGGAAAAAAACCUAGAAAUUAACCUAUCAAUUUGCCCAAAGUCUUUCCUUCAAUCCCAGAUCUGCCACAAAUAGAGCUAUUUCUAUCUUACCCUGAACAAGUAGCCCUAUAUUACUGUUAGAUAGAAUGGAACAUUUAAGAUAGCAAUUUAAACUGAAAACACACAAUAUGUAAUGCAGCAAAUGUUUUCAUUCAUCUCAAGGGGGCUUUGCACAUGAACAACACCUGACAUUUAUCUCCACAUGUUCAUUCAUAGACAAAAAAUUCAAAACACUCUGGGGUUAUCCUCAAAGCUUUGCUAACCAUUGACAAGGUGAUAACACAUACAAGUUUCUAAUUUGUUCUGAUAAUAAUCACCGCCAUGGAGUUUGGGAUUAAAAAAGAGGGAAUUUGCACUGUAAUAGUGGAUCAAUAAUAUACAUUGGAGUUGAUAAUUGCUUAUAAUAUUUCUCUACUUGAGCCAGGUGAUUGUUUCAUAACUUACAAAUUAGAAGAGAUUGUAUGGAAGAGGGAAAUGACAUUUUAAAAAAUGUAUUUUUAAAAGUAUUUUGGAACAGUCUAAAUUGUUUUAAAGCCCUUUAAAAACUAUAUAUUGGUGAGUUGAGAACAUUCAUUGUAAAUGUUUGUGUAAGAAAGCAAGUAUCUGUGCAAAAGAAAUUGUGAAUAU